GUCGAUAUGAACCUCUGACAGACGGGACGUAAUCUCAAGAAGUAUUCGACAGUCUGUGUUUAUUUUAGUCUAACCCGUUACAAAGACAACAAGCAAAGCCAAAAGAAAACUACUCGAUCGUAACGUCUCGUUCGUAUUGUUUCGUGAGCGCGUAUCCAUAUCCAUCCGUUGUCUUGUUUGUGCCUAGGUAUAGCUACACAAUAAAAGAAGGAAUUCUUCACACUCCGUGUCAUUAAAACACAGAUAAUAUCCGUUGAUCGGUGCCACGCUUACGGAUCACUUCGCACUUCGACUACUCGAAGCAAUGAGUGACGGAGUGACUGCCUGACUGAAUACAAUUUUGAAAAAAUGCAAAUCGUAUUUGACAAGAUCGUCCUCCUCGCCGCGACUGUCAAUUCACAACAAAUCAGCCAACAAUAGCAGCCGUCAUCAUCAGUGUCCGCGCGUUCCCAUCGAUGGUGAUGUGCCGAUGAUAACCAGCCACCAGCCGCCUGCCAGCCUGCCUAUCACAUGGACGGACCUGUCUGUUCCCCCCAAAUCAACAAAUAGCGUUGAAAGUUUAAUUAAUUCGUUGAUCGCGCCUAAUCAUUGAUUGUUGUUGUUGUUUUGGUUUGAAACAAAAAAUUCGUACAAAAAAGUAAAAGUGUCAAAAAAUAGCAACAAUUGCUUCCGACCAUCCGGCUACCUGUUAAUCGAAGAUUGGUGAUGACAUGAAUGUGCCUCAAUGUGAAUGGAUCAAAUAUUGGACUUGAAGUGAUUGAUAUUUUAAUGAGUUGGCAAAAAAAGGAAAAUAAUUAAAAAAAAAAAUUAAAACAAGGUGUUAAAUAAUAAAAGUUGUAAACAAAUUGGGAUAGUGAAACUACUUUCAGACAAUUGGCGAAAUUGAAAAAAAAAAUCAAAUACUAUUUUUAGUGAAAUCAAAAAAAAGUGAUCCCCCAAAAUAGAGUGAAAUAAUUUGUGGCCAUAAAGUGCUAUGCAUCAGACUGUUUACAUGCGUCCACCAACAAAUUCCAAUCUAAUGGGUCCCACGGAAUGCUCCAGCGCCCUGAUGUCCAGCAUGCCAUUUAUGGACAAUGCUGGCCUCACAGCCAACAUUACGGAUUACGGUUGCUACCCCACAACAGAUCAUUGGUCAUCGCCCUAUAUGAGCACCCUCAGUCCAAUGAAACAAAUUGAAGCUUGCAUCCAAACAGCCGGAAGAGAUCGCAGCAGCUAUAAGCCACUUGAAAGUGUUGAAUCGAAAAUAUCCGAUAUUGACACGAAUAGUUCGUGCAGCGGAAAGGAGGACUCUGUCGCCAAUACAACAAAUACCCACUACAAUGACAACAAUAACAACAAUGGAAGCAACAAUAAUAACAACAACAAGAAGGCAUCGGCUAAUAAAAACAAAAAAGACGGCACAACAAAUGCCAACAAUAACAACAACAGUAGCAACAACAAAGAUGAAGAAACUCUCCACCCCUCGCUGGCCCAGGCCGUCGUUGUUUUGGAGACCAAAACGCUGUGGGACAAAUUCCACGAGCAGGGCACCGAAAUGAUUGUCACCAAAUCGGGUCGUCGCAUGUUUCCCACGUUUCAGGUGCGAAUCGGUGGCCUUGAUCCGCAGGCCACCUAUAUCAUGAUGAUGGAUUUUGUGCCGGUCGAUGAUAAGCGCUACCGUUAUGCAUUUCACAAUUCCAGUUGGGUUGUUGCAGGAAAAGCCGAUCCCAUUUCACCGCCCCGCAUACAUGUACACCCCGAUUCGCCGGCACCUGGUACCAAUUGGAUGAAACAGAUCAUAUCCUUUGACAAAUUGAAAUUGACCAACAAUCAAUUGGAUGAGAAUGGACAUAUUAUUCUAAAUUCUAUGCAUCGUUAUCAGCCACGUUUCCAUAUCGUCUAUUUGCCGCCGAAAAACGCAUCCAUGGACGAAAGUGAACAUUCUAGUCAUUAUCGGACGUUUAUAUUCCCGGAGACAUCGUUUACCGCCGUGACGGCCUAUCAAAAUCAGCGAGUAACGCAAUUGAAAAUUGUCAGCAAUCCAUUUGCCAAGGGCUUCAGAGAUGAUGGCACAAGUGACGCACCACCAAACGGAGGAGGCAUGGCAAUGAAUCAAAUGAGCCAUGAAAGUCAUGCCAGAAUGAAGCAGCAUCAUGCCCAACAGCAGCAACAACAUCAGCAGCAGCAUCACCACCACCAACAACAACAAGCACUAAAGGGUCACUCAAAAGAAUUAGCCGCCAACAACAACAACACAACCACUGCAGCCGAUCUAGACAAUCCAAAUCACAGCGGCAUGAUUACAACCCCAACCGCCAGUCAUCAUCAUCAUCACCACCAUCAGGCCACCAUGAACACGGCACCCUCUACCCCCUCCACAACUGGCACUUCGCCUGAUCUCAUCAACUAUCAGACAAAUGGUCACAGUGGCCUUCUCAACACGAAUUGCAUUUCGCCCAAAACCGAUCAUUCGCAUCACAGUAGUGGUGGUUCUCCAUAUGGUCACAGCGCCCUUAGCCAGAAUGUCGCCAGCGCAGCAACAGCGGGACUUACGUCAUCAUUGUCCAAUUCCUCCACGGGCCUAAUGUCGUCAUCGCCACAUCAUGCCCAUCAUCAUCCCGGUCAUACCCAUCUCAAUUUGAAUCUUAAUUCUCAGGUUAUACCACAUACCACUUCGCCACAGCAUCAUCAACAGCAUCACAUGGGAACGGCGAACAUCUACUCCACCCUGAGUCAACCCUAUGGCUCGGACAACUCCAACUAUGGGCCCAUCUAUCACAAUCCCCACUAUCAUGGUCACAGUUAUGGCAACCCCUAUGAGAAAAUCAAGGUCACAGGCCACAUGCGCCAGGCUCAUGGUCAUGCUGGGGCGAACAGUAACUCUCCCACCGGCUUGGGUACGGGCAACAGUGUCUCGCCCUCCGGCAAUUCCUAUGGCAUGAGUAGUUAUCAGAGUUUUUAUGGUUCGGCGGCAGCACAUCAAAUGAUGCGACCUGGGGGUUACAUUGAUUUGGUGCCAAGAUAAGGAGGGAAGAGUGAAGAAAAAAUUCAGAUUAUAUAGUAUUAAAGGAAGAACCAUGAGGAGGAUGAAGAACGGAAACAGCGACCACCAAAGAAUACCAAAGAAGAAAAAAAAGUAUUAAAACAUAUCAAACACUACGUUUACAUAACCUUACAUUUUUAUCUCUAAACCAAAGAAACAAAACCAAACAACAACAACAACAACUACACCAAACAAACAAGCUCUCUCAUUUAGUCAAUUUUUAAUUAUUUUAAAAUAAAUAUUUUCCUAUUUUUAUUUUUUUAUUAAUAAACUUGUAAAUAAUAUUUUUUAAUUUUUAACUA